CCAUUUCGAAGAAGGGUUGUGUGAAAAACCAGGCAGAUAUAAGAUCUCAAUGCAACCCAGAUAAGCUCGUGAUGCAGCCUAGAAUCAUAUUCUGCAUCACAGUAUCUGCAGCCAUACUAGCAGUUAUCCUCUUGGCUGUGAUCUCACCAGUAGCCCACAAGAAGCAACAGAAGAACCAAACAGGGCCUUCAAUUGCCCUCUCCUUGUACAUUCAACAUCCCCAGAGAGAGCAUCCCAACACUCCACACACAACACCAUCCAAUUCUGGAGCAUUUGUAUUCCACCACACUAUUACUGAAGGGCCAGCGAACAGUUCACCAGUCAUCGGCAAAGCUCAGGGGUUCAUAAUUCCAAUAGAGCACUUUGCACAUUCCAUGUUCAACAUCAUAUAUCUCACCUUCAACACACCAGAGCACAAUGGUAGCCUAAGUGUCCAGGCCAAACACAUAACGCAUAGGGCCAGAGAAGAGCUUACAGUGGUCGGUGGAACAGGUUCCUUCGCAUUUGCACGGGGGAUUGCUGUCUUUGCACAGAAGGAUCCACAACCAUCUGAUGUAGAUGCCAUAUACCAUGUAAAGCUGCUUCUGAAAUUUCCUGGUAGAAUCUAGAUCAUGGGAGGAUGAAGCAUGCUUUUUUGCAUAGGAAUCACCAUUUUUUUUUUACCAUCU